AUGCCUCUUAUAUUCUAUCGUCUGCUGGAUGUUUUGGCCUACAGCCAUGCUCUUCCGCGAUUCUCGCCGGUUGUCAUCAUUGUUGCUGCUCCUGAAUUUCCUGGACAGGCCUCAAACUGGCCCAAAUCGCCCCAACCAGUCCCAUCUCUUGGAGCCACUGUCCACAUUUCCCAUACAAUUCUUGUUUUUCCGUCACAACUUGCCGCCACCACAUUGCUUGCUUUUGACUGGCUAGUUUACCCUCGUCCCUCCAUUCCACCCCUUUUAGAAGUAACCCUUUCCGACUCUGCGCUUACGAUGCGUCCGCAAUCCGAAUUUUUGAGUCCCAGCCCAGCCGACCAGUUGGGUCUGCAACCAGCUGCAUAG